AUGGCUCACUUGGCGUUAUUUACUAAUCAAGAUCCCACAACCUUUGAAGAAGAUGUGAAAUUUGAAAAAUGGAGGCAAGCUAUGGAUCAAAAGAUACAAGCCAUAGAUAAGAACAAUACAUGGGAAUUGAUGGAGUUGCCAUCAGAAGGGAAAACAAUUGGAGUAAAGUGGGUGUUUAAGACAAAGCUCAAUGAGAAUGGAGAAAUGGACAAGUACAAAGAAAAACUAGUUGCUAAGGGAUUAUGUCAACAAUAUGGGAUCAAUUAUACAGAGGUAUUCACAUCGGUGGCUCGUCUAGACACCAUUCGAAUUGUCAUUUCCCUUGCUGUUCAAAAGAAUUGGGUGAUCUACCAGCUUGAUGUCAAAUCUGCAUUUCUGCAUAGGGAGAUCAAUAAAGAGGUGUUUGUCGAUUAG